UGAAAUGCUUGUUGUGAAGUUGAUUUUGCAAAAUUUCCCGCCAAUUAUUUAUUCUCAUUGUUUAACACAAUAAACAAGUUUUUAUUUGCUUUUUAAUUCAUAUUUAUUAUAAACUUAUUAAAAUGCCUAUUACAACAAAUAUACCCGAUUUGACUGAGUUCUUAAAAAAUGAGUCUCAUUACUUAAAUUUAUUAGAAAACAAAGAACUCUGGCGCAAAAUACCGUACCUCAACUACACUCCUCUGCAUGAAUUGAAAGACUUGACAUUAGUCAGAUUUCGAGGAAUGAUUCAAGAUAUGCUUGAUCCAGAAAUCUAUUUGCAAAACUAUCAAGUCAAUUCGACUGAUGGCAAGAGUAGAUUUCAAAAUGGUAAAUAUCGGGAUUGUCUGGUACUGAAUGCCAAUGAAAAGCCAGACUUUGAGUGCUUCGACAAUGUCCAAGCCGAAAGAAGAACUGUCUUUGUAGUUUCAUUGCCAGGAUUCAAUUCUUGGGCUAGUACAUUCGAAGAAUCGAAUUGUACCAAAAGGGACAUUUCAAAUAAUGAAGUAAAUCGUUCACAAAGUGUUCCAAAGCGUCCACUUGCCGACGAAACUGAUUCUGAAAUGAUUGAUUUAGAUCAAACUAACAACAUUUCUAACAUUUCAAAUAAACGGCAAUGCACCGAGGUUAACGGGUCAUCUUCAUCGAAUACUCGUACCUCUGCAUUAUCUGCCGAAUACCUUCUAAACUCUCCCAUUCCCGAUCGACCUAGCAAAGCCUGUUUGAUCAAACUAUACAGUGACUUUGACAGUCAUACUCUUAACUCAAUUAUCGAUGUUGUGGGCUUCUUGUCGGUUGAUCCGGCAUUGGAUGCAUCUACAACAGACCCAGCCUUUGAUGAAUUUGAAAGCUGUGGAGAGCGACAGGCCCAAAAUCCGCCCCCAUCACUCAUUCCGCGUUUGCAUGCUGUCGCAGUGAGAAAGUUGGAACACAAUAAUCCUUUGUUAGAUUCAUCGAUCUGUGAAUCCAUAUUUUCAAGUUACAAUUUUGAGCAUGUUUACAAAGAUCUUAAAAUUCUACUCACACAAUGUUUGCUUGGUGAUGAUUUGGCAGCGGAAUAUCUUCUUUUGCAUUUAAUAUCAACAGUGUACAUUCGUUCGGAUUUACAUAGUUUGGGAAAAUUUGCUCUGAAUUUAUGCAAUAUACCUGAACAAUUACUUCCUAGUUAUACACAAGAUCUGUACGAUAUUUUGGAACUCUUUUUGCCAGCCAGUCAUUAUUUGCCAAUGACCUUGGAUACGAUGAAUACACUGCAGUUUUUUCCAAAAAAAGACUACCAAACAAAUAAACUCACAUCGGGAAUUCUUCAGUUAGCACCACACACACACUUGGUUUUAGAUGAAACUCGCUUGCAACCCGGCAAGCUCGAGAACAACGGCGUUCGUGGAGUCCAGAACUUGGCGCAUUUCAUUAAAACCCAACAAUUAAAGUGUGAUUUCCAAUAUUACGAUAUAAAUUUCAACACGGAUAUUCCAGUUCUUGUGCUAAGUGAAGGAAGGAGUAUGCUACCUAAUGACUUCCAAGUACCUCUGAAUGCUGACAAUGAUAGAAUUACUUUGAUCGAGGAAACAUUAAAAGCAGCUAAACAUUACGCUCAACCCAAAUUGGAUGCCAUCAGAUGUUACCUAACUUCUGCUAAAUUAACCAAAUUUGAUAUGAAUCCUGAAGAAAGUGAAAUGAUACAAACUGAUUUUGUUGAAAUGCGCAAGGCCAAUGCCAAAGUUGGCGCAGAUGAACUCCAUGGACUACUGGUCCUAUCGCGGCUAUUAGCUAUAGCCAGUGGCAAAUCCAAAUUCGACAGAGAUAGCUGGGAAAAGGCCAAACAAAUGGAAGCAACUCGAAGGAGUCGUAUGGACCAAAUUCCCAAAUCAAAGCGAAAUAAUUAGUAUUUUGUUGUUUGUUUUAUUUUUACAAAGCGUCUUAUAUUUAUCUUAAUGAAAAUAAAUUAAUUAUUUUUGAUCAA